AAGAUGUUUUUCUACAGAUUAGUGAAGUUUAUAUUUUUCUGUUUAGUUCUUCUGUUUCUUGUUGUCAUGGGACAAGAAAAUGGUGGUUAUAUUUUGAGAGAUCGAGCUUCGCUUCUAUCUUUCAUGUCUGGUAUCGAUUCCGAUCCUGAAAACUCACUUGAGAAUUGGAAAUCAUCAUCAAGUUUACAUGUUUGUAAUUGGACAGGAGUUGGAUGUAAUCCUGCAAGAGAUCGUGUGAUUCUACUUGACCUCACUGGUAGAUCACUUGGUGGCAUAAUUUAUCCUGUUCUUGCAAAUUUGACAUUCUUAGCUGUUCUGGACUUGACUUGCAACAACUUCAGAGGCAAGAUUCCAUCUGAGAUUGGUUCUCUUUCCCAGUUAAAAGAGCUUAGCUUCCAAUCAAAUCUUCUUGAAGGAGAGAUUCCUGUGGAAUUGGGUGAUCUCCAUCAACUACUUUAUCUGAAUUUGGGAAGUAAUCAACUUGUGGGUAAGAUUCCAUCGUCACUCUUUUGUAAUGGGUCUUCUUUGUUGCAGUACAUGGAUCUUUCUAACAAUUCUCUUGGUGGUGAAAUCCCUUAUUUGUGGAAUCAGCACUGUCAUUUGAAAGAACUAAAAUAUCUGGAAUUGUGGUCGAAUCAGCUUGUGGGUCAGAUUCCUAGGGCUCUUGCAAACUCCACAAAGCUCGAAUGGCUUGAUCUUGAGUAUAAUUCGCUAAGUGGGGAUUUGCCAUCUGAUAUAGUUGAUAAAAUGCCACUGUUGAAGUUCCUCUAUUUGUCCUACAAUAACUUCACUAGUCACAAUGGUAAUACUAAUCCCAGACCCUUGUUUGCUUCUCUUAUUAACUGUUCUAACCUUCAAGAACUUGAAUUAGCUGGAAAUAAUCUCCGUGGAGAGUUGCCUUCUAUUAUCGGCAAUCUCUCCACCAGUCUUGUACAAAUUCAUCUUGAGGACAAUCUUUUCUAUGGCUCAAUUCCUCCAAGCAUUUCAAAUCUUGUCAACCUAACACUCUUAAACUUGUCCAGCAAUCUUUUGAAUGGAUCCAUUCCGCCGAAUUUACGUCGUAUGAGAAGACUAGAGAGGGUUUAUUUAUCGAACAAUUCCCUUUCUGGUCAGAUCCCUUCGACAUUCGGCAACAUCACCCACUUGGGUCUUCUAGAUUUGUCCAAAAACAAGCUUUCAGGUUCCAUUCCUGAUAGUUUUUCAAAUCUCUCUCAGUUAAGGAGACUUUUGCUGUAUGAAAAUCAUCUUUCAGGAGCAAUACCACCAAGUCUAGGGAAAUGCAUUAACUUAGAGAUCUUGGACCUUUCUCAUAACAAAAUGUCUGGGAUUAUUCCUAGUGAAGUUGCAGGACUUACAAGCUUGAAGUUGUAUUUGAAUCUAUCAAAUAAUGCCUUUGAAGGUCCUCUGCCAUUAGAGCUGAGCAAAAUGGAAAUGGUUCUAGCUAUGGACCUCUCAUCCAAUAAACUCUCUGGCAUUAUUCCACCCCAAAUUGGGAGCUGCAUUGCAUUGGAGUACCUCAACCUGUCCAGUAAUAGCUUUGAGGGCCUUUUUCCAGCCCCAGUUGGUAAAUUGCCUUAUCUUAAAGUGCUUGAUGUAUCUUACAACCAUUUGGUGGGAGAAAUACCACAAUCACUACAGGCUUCUUCAACUCUCAAGACACUCAACUUCUCUUUCAACAACUUAUCUGGGGCUAUACCAAACCAGGGCAUAUUUGCGUCGUUAACAAUGGACUCUUUCAGAGGAAACUCCGGUCUCUGUGGGUCUAUCUCUGGAAUGAAACCCUGCCGGAAGAAACGAAGAAACCACUCCCUGAUCUGGUCAAUUCUCCUUGCAGUAUUCGCCACUCCCAUGGUAUGCUUCAUUUUAUACCCAUUAGUGCUCAGGUCUAGAAACAGCAGGAGACAGUUGGAAAGCUUUGAUCUUCAGGGCAAGGAGGAGUUCGAUCAUGACAUUGAUCAGCAAGACUUUAGUAAAGAAAAGGAGACAAAGACGUACCCAAGAAUCUCCUUCCGGCAGCUGAAAGAAGCAACAGAUGGGUUCAAUCCCUCAUGCUUAAUUGGGUCAGGUCGAUUCGGACAUGUCUACAGAGGAGUCCUCAGAGACAACACAAAAUUUGCUGUAAAAGUGUUGGAUUCAAAGAUGGGUGGAGGAGAGAUGUCAAGGAGCUUCAAAAGAGAAUGUCAGGUAUUAAAGAGGACUAGACACAGAAACCUGAUAAGGAUCAUAACAACAUGCAGUAGGCCUGAUUUUAAGGCACUUGUUCUUCCAUUAAUGUCAAAUGGGAGUCUAGAGAAGCAUUUAUAUCCCCCAAGUAGCCAGAAAACAGAUCACCACCAUGUUCUGAACUUGCUUGAAUUGGUAAGCAUCUGUAGUGAUGUGGCUGAAGGAGUUGCAUACUUGCACCACCAUUCUCCUGUCAAGGUUGUACACUGUGAUUUGAAGCCAAGCAAUAUACUUCUUGAUGAUGAUAUGACAGCUUUGGUAACUGAUUUUGGGAUUGCAAGAUUGGUGAAAGGUGGUGGUGUUGAUGAUGAUCUUGAGUCUCCUGCUGCAGUUAUGGAUUCAGCUUCCAUCUCUUCUACCGCGGGUUUAUUAUGCGGUUCAGUUGGUUAUAUUGCUCCUGAAUAUGGAUUGGGGAAGCAUGCUUCAACACAGGGAGAUGUUUAUAGUUUUGGGGUUCUACUACUAGAGAUUGUAACAGGGAAAAGACCCACAGAUGUGCUUUUCCAUGAGGGUUCAAGCUUACAUGAAUGGGUUAAGAGUCAGUACCCAGAUAAGCUCAAACUGGAGCUCAUGGUAGAAAAAGCACUGCUAAGAUUGGCGCCGCCGCCGGCAUCAUCUACAGCUGAUACUACUACUGAAUCAUAUAAUUCUGGUGGCAGCAAAAAGAUGAUAAUAUGGAGUGAAGUGAUCUUAGAGUUGAUUGAGCUUGGUUUAAUGUGUACACAGUACUCUCCUUCUUCAAGACCAUCCAUGAUUGAUGUAGCCCACGAAAUGGGUAGGCUGAAACAGUAUAUCUCCAACCCUUCUUCCCCCCUAAACAUUGAAGAAGUAUUUUAAUUACACUUGGAUCUUUCUUAAUCACACAAAU